CCAAAGGGUAGCUUGAAUUUCCCUGUGAUCAGCUGAUUUCGAUAUGGCGAAGAAGAAGGCUAGCUCAUUCUUGCUCUCUUCCUUUCUCUCUUUUCUCUCUUUUCUUCAUGCCAAACCUCUCUCUAGGAAAACUCCUACAACCCUAUACUCAAAGUUGCAACACUACUCUUCUUUAGAUAAAAAUUCCAACCAAGUUGUAGUUUGUGAUGUGGAGGGAGGGUUGUUGAGGUCUCAAUCCAAAUUCCCCUACUUCAUGCUUGUGGCCUUGGAGGGAGGUGGGCUCUUGAGGGGACUCCUCCUCUUAGUUUUGUACCCUCUCCUUUGUUGCGUUAGCGAUGAGUUGGGGCUCAAAAUCAUGGUUUUCGUUAGCUUUUGCGGGAUCAAAAAGAAAGGGUUUAGAGUAGGGAGGAGUGUUUUGCCCAAGUUCUUUUUGGAGGAUGUGGGGUUGGAAGGGUUUGAGGCAUUGAACAAGGGUUCUAAGAAGGUUUGUGUUAGUGAAAUGCCAAGGGUGAUGGUGGAGGGUUUUUUGAAGGAUUAUUUGGAGGUGGAUGUGGUGAUAGGGAGGGAGUUGAAGGAGUUUCAUGGUUACUACACCGGGUUUAUGGAGGAGGAAGGUAAAGUGAGGGAGGGAUUUGAUUUGAAGGAGUUGAUCAAAAUAGAGGAGCAAGAGGAUAUUGACAUAGUUGGUUUCUCAAGCUCCACUGUGUCUCUUCAUAUCCCUCUCUUCUCUCAUUGUAAGAAAAUAUACUUGGUGGGUGAGAAGGACAAAAGAGUUUGGCACCCUAUGCCCAGAGAAAAGCAUCCAAGACCAUUGAUUUUCCAUGAUGGGAGAAUUGCAUUCAAGCCCACCCCAACAAACACAACAUUCAUGUUUAUGUGGCUCCCCUUUGGCCUCAUCCUUGCAAUCCUUAGGCUCAUCAUUGGCGUCUCACUACCUUACAAGGUCUCCACUCCAGUUUUAGCUCUAACUGGGAUGAAGUGGAGGCUCAAGGGAGUACACCCAUCAAAUCUCUUACCACAAAGUUCAAGUGAUCAUCAUGCAUCGAAACAACACGGUCAACUGUAUGUUUGCAACCACAGGACUCUCAUCGACCCCAUCUACGUUUCAAUUAUGCUUAACAAGCCCGUUCGCGCAGUCACCUAUAGCUUAAGUCGCGUCUCCGAGAUCCUGUCGCCUAUAAAGACGGUUAGGCUGACGAGAAAUAGGGAAAAAGACGGUAACAUGAUGGCGAAGAAGUUAAGCCAGGGGGAGAGCGUCGUCGUUUGCCCCGAGGGAACUACUUGCAGAGAACCAUAUCUACUAAGAUUCAGCCCUCUAUUCACAGAACUGAGCGACGAGAUAGUCCCAGUGGCGUUAAAUGUUCAUGUCAGCAUGUUUUAUGCCACGACGGCUGGAGGAUCAAAGAGUCUCGACCCGUUGUACUAUUUGAUGAACCCUAGCAUGUGUUAUGAGGUGGAGUUGCUUGAGAAGGUAGAUACAAGUGUUGUGAGAAAGGGGGAGUGUAGCAGCAUUGACAUGGCCAACCAUGUACAAAGAGAGAUUGGUAAAGCAUUAGGGUUUGAGUGCACCAUGCUUACAAGGAAAGAUAAGUACAUGAUUCUUGCAGGGAAUGAUGGGAGUGUUGCACCUCCUAAAUAAGCACAUAAACAAUAAUCUUGUUGUAUAAAAGUCUAUACAGUUAAGGUGGUUUUCUUCAUUUUA